AUGUCAACAUCAAAUACUAGUUUAAUUAUUAUAUCGACGGGUUUACCAUCUGAUGGUAUAGCAAUACCUUUGAUUGGUCGAUUUUGGCUUUUUCUUAUUUCAAAUGUUUUAUCACUUGCCUGUGGCUUUUUUCUUUUUUUUCAUCUGGUCUUUGAUGCAACUCUUCGUCAUGGUCUACAUAAUCAUGUCAUCAUUGCUGUUCUUUGUCUCUGUCUUUUUCAUGAAUUAACAGUUAUUCCUUGGGAAAUACAUUUCCUUCGAGUUGGUGUUGUACCUAUAAAAUCACAAACAGUUUGCAUGAUUUUCAAAUUUAUCGAUACCGUGGUUUAUACUUCAAUGGCAAAACUUGUAGGAUGGGCAUCAGUUGAACGACAUAUUUUUAUUUUUCACAAUAAAUGGAUUGCAACAAAGAUGCAACGUAUUCUCAUACAUUAUAUACCAUUAAUAUUGAUUAUUAUGUAUGGUAUAAUACUUUAUGGUGUAACUACUCCAAUGAAUGACUGCGGUAGAUCAUUCAAUUACAAUUCAAAGUUAUGUGCCUAUUAUAGUUGUGUAUACGAUUCUGCAGGAUACUCUUUGUAUGAGUUUAUGUCUGGUGGAGUACUGUCUUCUAUAUGCAUAGGAUUUGGCAGUGCUUUUUUAGUCAUUCGUAUUGUUGCUCAAAAACGUCGCUUACAACAACAGGUACACUGGCGAAGAUAUCGUAAAAUGACAAUUCAACUAUUGUCUGCCACAUCCAUUUUCUUUAUCAUAUAUUUACCUCCUGUACUUUUGGCUAUUAGUCAAAAACUUGGUGUUCCAUCUUCGGUAGGUUCUAGUUAUACUACAUACGCAAGCUUCUUCAGCAAUUAUGUUAUCUUUCUUUUCCCAUUUACAUGUCUCGGUACAUUACCUCAAUUGCGCACUCGAGUGAAGACAAUAUUUCGAUUUUUUUAUCGACAACAACAACAUAGAGUUGUCCCUCUAACAAUAACUGUAAAACCAAUACGACAAUCACGCAUAUAA